AUUCAAUAUAGCAAUAACUCUCAUACGAGGUAAGAUUGAAGAAGUGACAUUACCUGUAGAGAAGGUGGAUAUCAUUAUCAGUGAAUGGAUGGGAUAUUGUUUGUUUUAUGAAUCCAUGUUGAACAGCGUGCUCUUUGCUCGAGAUAAAUGGCUGGUAAGUCAUUUAAGUGUGAAUCAGAGUACGAUAAUUUAUUAUUUUGAACGUUGUAUACAAAACGUUAAAAUCUUUGGUUUGCUGUUGUAAACAGACAACAAUGUCUAUAACUCCAGAAGGACCUCUAAUUAUUAAUUUCCUUUCUACAGUACACUGUCAUAAAUUUUAUUGUAUCAAUAGCCGUCGGCGUCGCGGUUGUAGCGAGCUUAAGCAUGUAGGACGGCAACGCGGCAGCCAAAACAAAUUCCUUCAAAUAAAUGAUAGUAACGAAAAUUUGUCGUAUAUUAUAAGUCGUAUGAAUUUGAUACAGUAUAAGAAGUUAAAAACGUUGGAUUUAUGUUUGGGAAGAGUUGUAUUAAACCGAAUUUUAAGUUGCAUUUGUUACGGCUUGAAAUGCAGGUGUUGUAUAAAAGACGUUGUAAACAAAGCGAAGACUGCCGUUGUAAACAGAUCGACGACUACAUCUGAAACUCCCCUGGGACUUUAAUUAUUUAUAUCUUUUGAUUGACUCGUUGUAUUGGUUGCCGUCGUCGUCGUGUUGCCGUCCUACAUACUUAAGCUCCCUUGUGACGCACGCUGAAAGUAGAGACACUGAUUGUUACUAGUGAUCCUGGCGGUUUACGAAACGGAAAAUUGCAUCAGUGUCCUGCAGCUAUGUUCAGAUUUUGACUUCCACUAUCUCUACCCUUACCAGUAACCAAUCAGAUGCAUUUAAUCUACCCAUUCCAUAAUAUUAUUAUUGUAUAAUAAUAAUAAUAUAAUUAUAUAUAUUAUAUAAUAUUAUUAUUGUAUAAUAAUAAUAAUAAUAAUAAUAAAUCAGUACUACAGUAGUGGUAGUCAUAUCCAACCCCCUCUACUGUAGCUAAAGGUCCAUUACAUAUAUGAUUAUUGCUGCGUACUUGACCUGGUAGACGUUUAACAUAAAAUAUACCUAAAGUACAGGGGCAGGUUGUAUAAAAAAGUGAUUAAAGUUAACUAUAGUUAGUGGAAACAUUAUCUAAUAAGAAGCGCGUAUUUGAGAGUUAAUAACUAUUUAACUACAAAAUAGUGAUUAAAAAAGUGAUUAAGAGUUUUAUACAACCGGCCCCAGUUUUCUAAAAGAUAAUCAUUUCGUGUUAAAACACGAAGAGGCACAAGCACAUACAAAAAUUGAUUUUUGCAUUUACGGUUUUUAAUACCUUGGGGCGUUCACUGGUCAUAUACAGUAGUACCAGCAAAAUACAAGUACGUAAAUAACUGUAGUACUGCGGACCUACGUGGUACUUGGUUGAAACAAAGUGCUUGUGCCUCUUCGUGUUUUAACACGAAAUGAUUAUCUUUUAGAAAACUGGGGCCGGUUGUAUAAAACUCUUAAUCACUUUUUUAAUCACUAUUUUGUAGUUAAAUAGUUAUUAACUCUCAAAUACGGAUAAUUGGGCAUAUAAUAUUGAUAGCGGUUGUGUGAAUGCCGUUGUUUUUCUAGACCUAAAAAAGGCCUUUGACACGGUAGAUCACGAUAUCUUAUUAUCUAAACUUAAUGCGUACGGUAUUAGAGGUGUCGUACACAAAUGGUUUGAGUCUUAUUUGAAUGGUCGUCAUCAAAAGUGUUUUGUAAAUGGGUGUCUAUCCGAAAACCGCGCAUUAACAUGUGGUGUUCCUCAAGGAACAAUACUAGGGCCGUUAUUAUUUUUAUUGUAUAUAAAUGAUUUGCCGAAUUGCCUCUCACAUUCACAGCCUCGUAUGUUUGCAGACGAUACUCACUUGACAUAUGCGGAUAAUGAUAUCGCUAAAAUCGAACUUAAUCUCACUAAUGAUCUUGAGAGUAUUCGUGAGUGGCUUAUUGUUAAUAAAUUAACACUGAACAUGUCCACUUUAUACGUUUGAUAAUGCUCCAGUACUUACAAUCGAAGGGGCUCCUAUCAAACAGGUAAAAUCAACCAAGUCUCUGGGCCUUCACAUUGAUGAGCAUCUCUCAUGGUCUGUUCAUGUUGAUGCCAUUUCCAAAAAAAUCGCCUCUGGCAUUGGUGCGCUAAAACGCAUCAGGCCUUUUGUUCCUCGUACAACUCUGCAUACUAUUUUUCAUUCACUAAUUCAACCACAUUUUGACUAUUGCAGUGUUGUGUGGGGGAAUUGUAAUAAAACUCUUGCUACUAAAAUGCAGAAAUUACAAAACCGUUCGGCUAGGGUUUUAACAUUUUCCGGCUAUGAUACUAAUGCUGAUGGUCUUCUUCAAGACCUUGGAUGGGAAAACCUUGAAACACAGCGCCAAAUUCAUCAGGCUAUUAUGGUCUAUAAGUCGAUAAAUGGUUUGGCUCCUGAAUAUCUUCGUUCAAAAUUUGUUGAUCGUAGCUGUGUUUCGGGUUAUUCUCUUAGGGACACUGUUGGCAAACUUGCUGUUCCUUUUCCUCGUACUAACUACCUAAGAAACUCCUUUAGUUAUAGUGGUGCAGUAACAUGGAACAGCCUUCCUGUUGAGUUGAGGCAAGCUAAUUCUUUAAGUUCGUUUCGAUCUGGCUGUAAUAAAUUUCUCUCUUCUCGAUCGUAAUACCUAAUUAAUGCACGGCACUCAUGUAAAGCAGGUUUUUCUUUUGUCAUUUCUUAGUAUGAAUUUAUAUAUUGUGUUAUUUAUAUUGUAAGUAGUGUGUUAUUAGUUUUAUGCAUAAUUUUGUAGAUUUAUUUAUAUAUAUAGCUAUAUGUAUGUAAUCUUAAUCCUGAUGAGUACACCGUGGAUAAAUAAAGUUACCUUACCUUACCUUACCUUAAGAUGGGACUGUAAUAUUGGUGUAUCUCCAGGCAUCGAAAUACUGUAGGUCCCGGUCAUUGACCGGUAAAUUUUUAAGUUUGACCGGCAAAUAUUAUCGUUUACCGGACACACCUGACCGUUAGGGGGACUGUAAGGAGUUGGUUGUUUAAGAAAGGGGAGAUGAGGGGAAAUCUGUCAUGAAGAUUUCUGAGCAACAAGACAGUUUUUCUAAGUACAGAAAAUCAAGACCGAAUUUCUUAACGUGCUAUAGGAGCGAAUUUUUGGACCUAGUUUUUUUUUAGCUUAAAUAACAAUUUAGUCUUUUAGAAGCAUUUUCAUAUAUAUUUGACCAUCAUGCGAUGCUUAGAAGUUGCCAAAUUUAACCUCUGAAGUUGGUUAUCGCGUGAGAACUUUUCCGCCGCCAUAUUGAUGCCGUGUGACGUCAUAAGAUGAACGGAAACGAAGAUAUGAAGGUCGUAUUUGUAGUAAAUUAUAUGGCGCGUCAACAUAUUGCAGUGGAAUUUUUGUCUAUUUCACUUGUUUAUGGCGCAGAUAACUGAUUUUUAAAAAUCGAAGAAUAAGUGAUCUUAUUGUUUAUUUGACGGCGGAAUGACGGUUAGAGAUUCAGAUAAUAAGGUCAGUACUACAUCUGGAAGUCAACGAGUAUAGACUCGGCUAAGUCGGCUUUGAAAUACGAUGAUGAACCAAACAACUUUUAAACAGCUUCACUAGAUGAAGUGAUAGAGACAUACAACGCCGCUGCAGAUAUGGGCAACUACCAUCUGUGACUAUGUUGGAGCAAUCAAGCGAUGGUACAAUACCGGUCCUGUAAAAUUAGUGGUAAGUAGAUCCUUUUAUUGCAUGCAUAUUUAUAUUGUAUUGUGCUCGCCUCGGUAUUGUGUCUGAUUGUUUAAACACAUCUGGUGUGUGCAACUUAAUAUAUUAUAAACUGGAUUGUGCGUGACAAAAAAUAUAAUAACGUUUAUAAACACAAGCAUAUUCAUAGCCUAAUAAUUCGCAAUACUCAAAAUGAUUUUGAUUUUGUUUUUAAUAGAUAGCGAUAGGUGUAAUUGGCAAUUAUGGGCUGUGUUUCAAUUGAUGGCUAGUUUUACUUGGAUGGGAAAACAGAAGAAAAUCAUUUCCAACAACAAAGACACAGCUGCCUUACGUUUGAGCAGAAAAGCGGUCGACUUUAGUUGGAUUAGGCAGAUUGUGACUGAGUCAGUUAACCAUUGAGUCAAAAUUGUACAACUGUGCAUUGUGCAAUAUCACAUUUACUGUAAUAUUUUGAAAUUAUAUUAAUCUUCAAAGUAACCAGUUAAGUUGCAUCCCUCAUGUUUUGUGCGCAAAUAUAUUUCUCACAUAAUAGCGUACCAGUACAAUAUUAUACUAUCGUAUUAUAAUAUUAUAUUUGUUACUUUAUACUAUGCAAUAUGUAUCAUUGAUAUGACUGAACUAGGUCCAGGCCUGCUGAAUUGUUGUCUUUAUUUCAAUCUCGUAAUAAGAAAUGUACACUUUAGACUAACUACUGUAUAUAGUAUCAUUUGCGCAAAAUAUUCACCAUGUGUGCGAACAUAUUAAUAAUUUGUACUUCACUAUAUACCUCAAUUAUUUGCCUUGCGUCUGUUAGUUAUACUUUAGCCAGGGGAAUAAUUCUAGCAAUGUAAAUUGUAUAAACAGUUUCUUCCUUCAGUAUUCUUUCCAUUUUACGAGGUUUUAUCAAUGAAAAUAAGAUAUAGCACGAAUCUUCAAAACGGGCUCAAUCAAAACACUAAGUUCGCAGAUGCGCGAAAACCCGCGGUCAAUGUUUACGGAUAAAAUUCACUAACUUUCUUUCACUCUGUUGAUCUGUUUCUUUGUUGGGAAAUAGAUGCAUGGGUAUUCCUUCAGGCUGUUCAGAAUUCGUGCAAUAAUCUAAGUUAGAACUGCCAGAAACACGGCCUUCGUCUCCGCGUUUGUUGGUUUUAAUAUAAUUUUAAUACGCCAUGAUGAAAUCGUGUUAAUCUUAUGACGUCACAUGGCAUCAACAUGGCCGAUCAAAAGUUCGCACAGGAAGUGCCAAAAAUGGCCACUUUGGAAGGCUAUAAAAUCGGUUUGAAUUGACCAAUUUCAAUUUUGUUUGUGGUAAACAGGUCAGGAAGGAAAGCACUUUUAAUUAAGCUAAAAAAAUGAGGGUCGAAAAACUCGCUGCAGUAGAACUUUAAUGAAAGAAGUUUCUUUGGAUAAUAUGUACACUAGUAAGCCUUAUAUUUCCAUCCCGUUUGUAAGCUUUAACCUGUCAAAUUUUGUUCUCUGAAACAGUUGUCGUAAAAGGGGCGGUUGAAACUUCUUGAAAAAUAUGGACAUUGAUGUAAGGGGGGGGGGACGAAUUUUUUAAAACGGGCUUAUACUACCCGUAUAUGAAACACUUUGUCAGACAACUACAUACUGUAUUACUGGAAUAGAACUUGAGUCAUAAGUAAAACGCACUUGGACUAAUAAUUGUACCAUCAAAUCGCCUUGCUAUAUAAGUACUAACGAAUUCCCAAAUAUUUAUAACAGUCUUCUUCAAUUUCAAUUUUUUGUUUUGAUUUAUGUAGAACACAGAUGGUAUUAUGUUCCCAGAUAAAGCCAGCUUGUACAUCUGUGGUAUUGAAGACAGACAGUAUAAAGAAGAAAAGAUUUAUUGUAAGUUAAAAUAAAGUUUUGAUGUGUUGGUGUAAUGUACUUAGGUGAAUAUGAUGCUUGUGAUGUUACUCUGAGUGGGGACCGGCUAAACGGAGAGUUAUGAAGUGGAGAGUUAUCUCAGAGAGUUAUGUUCGAACCACGCCCAAACCUCGCCCACUUUUCCCAACGACUACACCCAAUUUCUUAACUCUCCCGAUGUUUCCUUGAACUAACAUGAGAGAGUUAUGUUUGACGUAACUCUCUCUCGUUAACAUUAUGAAGAUGUUAGAGAGUUAUCAUUUUUUAUAACUCACCGCGUUCACGAUUGUGGCAAUGCCAAUGAAGAGAUUUAUGUCCGUCAGUUUUUUGAAAAAAGCUUCCACAUUUUAGUAAAUUAUUGUGAAUUUACUUUUUUCUCAAGUUUCAGCUUUAACAUUUCACGCUAGUAGAAACUAGUAAUACUUUAAUACUUGCCAAGUGAAGCGAGUACGAGUAAAUAAACUAUUAUACAUGCUCACUUGGAUUAUCUACAAAGCCCAGCAUUCAGAUACAGCUCAGAUAGAACCAGAAAACCUUUCCAAUGUAAUGCCCUAUUGGCUGAUCUGGGAAAGUAUUUCCAAAAUCUGAAUUUCUGAAAGAUUCAAUUUUUUCAAUUUUGGACGCACGCUGUUGACACGCUACAAACUGAAAUACCAAAAUAUAAGAUGAAAAUCUGAAGAAACAAGCUUUACUAAGGUUUUCUCAAAAAACUGACAUAACUCUCUUCAUUGCCACAAUCGUGAACGCGGAGAGUUAUAAAAAAUGAUAACUCUCUAACAUCUUCAUAAUGUUAACGAGAGAGAGUUACGUCAAACAUAACUCUCUCAUGUUAGUUCAAGGAAACUUCGGGAGAGUUAAGAAAUUGGGUGUAGUCAUUGGAGAAAGUAGGCGUGGUUCGAACAUAACUCUCCGAAAUCGUAACUCUCCCUUUAGUCAUACCCCUCUGAGUGUAUAUCCACACCGGGCAAGCUUGAAAAAUAUGCCUGGCCACGGUGGGAAUCGAACCUACGACCUUUGGAAUACUAGCCCAAUGCUCUGCCAACUGAAGUUGUUUAUUAAUUGAUGACCUUUACUAGGUAUUGUCCAGUGAUUAACUAGACUUCCUCCAAGUCCCUAAUUCUCUGAUGGGAAUAUAUUGUAAAGUACAGUAGGACCUCUCGAACUCCCAAGGGAAGGGAAUAUCUAGUACAAUCUGCAGACAGGCAUGUUUUGGUGCCCGACUGUAUUUAUAUCGCAUGAGCUUGCUCUCACAAGCGCAUGUGGUACCGUACGGGCCAUCUACGCAUCCAGACAUGCGCAGAGCGUCAUGGGGCCAGAGUGCUCAAACAACGACAAGGGAAGUGAGCUUUGUAUUUAUUGCUAAUGGACAUCCAAUUAGGACACCGAAGUGAAGGAGCGUAAUAGUACAAUCUACAAACAUGCAUGUUUCGGCGUCCUACGCCUCGUCAGUGCAGCUUGGUACACGUAUAUAAAUUAUAUAGUAUGUACAUAUAGUAUUAUUGUUUUAUUAUUCAUCACAAUUGUCAGCCUUACUCUACAGAUGUCACAAAGUUUGUACUACAGUUAGUAUACUAUCGCAGUGUUAAUAGUACAGUACCUAAUAACAAUACCAAGCUAGAUCAGUAUUGAUUGACGCAACUUGUUGAACCUUUUAUUACGGUUGUAUGUACUGUUUAAUAAACGAACAGAAGUGCUUUAACUCUUGACGAAGGGCCUUCGCUCGAAACGUCGAGUUUCUGCUUGUUGAUUUCAGGUAGUACAAAACAUGGCCUAUAUUAAAGGGCCUAUAUUAGAGGGCCUAUAGUUGCAUAUUUCGGAGCUGCUCCUGGUUAGAUCUAAGUGCAUGUAUAACAUUCACACUAGAAUUUUCCAUCUAAUAAAUCCUUCCAUAUUAGUUCAGUCGAGUGCACGAGGGCUCUUAUUUGCAUUAUAAGAUUUUUAGGAAUUGUAUUGCAUUGGCUUACUUCCAGGUCCAGUACUUUCACUAUAGUGGAACAGAGAAAUAGGGACUUGGUGCAAGUCUGGUGAUUCUGGUGAACAGUUGCUGCUGUUCAUUAAGUGUCGAAGUGCUAGUUGAUAAAAACAAAAUGUAAUUUAACGACGAUUGGAAAAGAACAAUCCAAAAAGCGAGUCAAUUUGAAGAUUUUGGGGAUUCGUAUUUAAAAAAAGACUAGCAGCAGAUAAAGUGGAGGUUUUGACAUUUCAGGAAAGUCUUCUGAAACUGAAGGUUUUUCAGGUUAAAAUUAAGCUUACUACGAUUAUCGCCUAAAUCUGGAACCAAUCGAAGAUUCCAUCGCGUUCAGGCCCGCAAACGUUGGCGGCCACGACUACAGUACAUGUUUUUGCAUGUUCAUAAUUCUAAUUUUAAACAGCCAAUCCGAUUCUUACUAUAAUUGCUCUUUAAAAUAUCAAAUGAAAAUCGUCGACGAACUUAUACGCCAGAUAGCUAUUCCCCUUUUUAUCUAUACUUCAUGCAAUGCCCUUUUGUCCAUUGGAAAAGGGGAUUUAUGCAUCGGAUAUCUUAUCCACAUUUCGUACAACCGGCCCCUGACAAAUAUAGUAUAUGUACAAUAUUUGGCAAAUAAAAUACGCGUGGUGUUUCCAGAAAACAAUAAAAGUACAAUGGUGAUGUGUAUUUCAUUUUAUUAGGGUGGGACAACGUUUACGGUUUUGAUAUGAGUUGUAUUCGAAAGGUUGCUAUCACUGAACCACUUGUGGAUGUCGUGGAGGCGAAACAGAUUGUCACAAACUCCUGUCUUCUUAAAGUAAGUCGCUACUUACACUCAGCUAUAGAAAUAAAACUACAGUACAGGUCAUAUCUACAUUAAACCUAGUGAUAGAUAAAUGUAAGUACCUUCUUGACAAAGGAAGAUUUAAACAUCAUUCGAGUACGAAAGUCUGCAGGUGACGCUGUUUUACGCACACAAUUCCAGGUUGAAGAAAGACAAUGGAAAAUACUUGUUGUACACGAUGGAACCUUAAGCAAGAGAAAAAGGUUUUCACAAUUACGAGUACGACUAUGAGUAACAAAUGACACAAAAUGACAAACAUUUAAAUCGUUAUAUCCAUUCAGUACUUAAAAAAAAUUGUUAAGUCCUUUGUCUGUCUGUAUCAUAUGACAACGGUAGAAGGUUUAAGUCUGGCGCACACGAUGCGAAUUUAGUCGGCCGAUAAAAAUCGUUUGACUAAAACUAACAAAAUCGUUGUGUGUGCGGUGUCAUUUUUAACCGAUUUUUGUUGCUCGAUUUUAAUCGGACAACAUCAAAACGUUUUGAUAUUAUACGAUUUUUAUCGGUGGAAUUUUAAGUAUAACCAAUCAGAUUUCAUGCUGUGAUCACGUGCUUGUAUUUAUUUGGCAACAUGGCGGCUACAGUUCAGGGAGCGUAUUUUUUUUCGUAAUCGUGUGCAGAGUAUACCGAUGUAUAUCGGUAUGUCAAACGAUUUUUAUCGGCCGACUAAAAUCGCAUCGUGUGCGCCAGGCUUUAGAGGCAGCAAUCGAUCUUUAUAAGGGAUAUCACGAUCCAUCUUGUGGUACGCCUUUGAAUUCUCUCCAAGUUGAUUUUGUUGUGACACUGAGAACGUGACUAGACCGUGACCAGACACUGAGAACGUGGCAUAUUAACGUAGCUGGGAUUUCGCGAGUGAUGGAUAUAAUUUGCGCCAAACAUCACGAUCCGUUGACAAAGGACACUUCGUACUAAACCCAGUAUUUUAUUAUUUUUGAUAACAAUUUGUGUAAUAUUCUUAUUCCAGCAGAGACUAUUUGUCACAGACUCCGAGAGAAACUUCGUUAUCUAUACUGUACGCGUUUUACAGUAGUUCUCUUGAACCAAGAUGGCAAUGUCACAAACGGUCUUCUACAAUGGAAUAUUGUUAGCAGUUCAAAUUUGGAGAUUUUGAAAUUAAUGUUUGAUUCCUUACUCCAAUCGAAAGUGCAUGAGAAGGAGUCUUCCUUGCAUGUACAACUUUGUAUCUUUAACGGUACCGUCUUGUUGAUGUUGAUGUUGAUGUUGUUGUUGUUGUUGUUGAAGGUACAUGUAUUACAUCAGGCAGAUAACUGAUGAACAGAAAGAAAAGCAUAUGUCCUUUUAAAAUGCUGCCUUGGUAGAGUUACUUGAGACAAUUCUGAAGCAAUACCUUCGACAACAAUGAGUUUAGCAACCGAGAACGGUGACGACGGAAAAUAAAAUUACUUUUGUGGUCAAUUACAAUUCUAUACAAUCUAUAGUCGGUCUAUAUGUGCUCGGCUUCAUUGACGUAACCGUUGUAUUUCCCAAACUCGCUAACAAUACGCUGAGUACGCCUGGGUAAAUAGUCAGUGAACCAUUUGUAUAUCUGAUAAGUUGCAGUGUACUGUAUAUCUGAUAUUGCCGUAAGCUUUGAGUUUCUUCAUUAGGAAGAAAGCAGUUCUGCAUCAGGAAGAAAAACAACGUUCGUCUGGAUAUUUCUGUCAAGUAAUAGACCUUUCCAAGGUUUCUGCCGCCAUAUUGCAGGGGGUGCAAAAACAUUGGGGCGAGCGCGCGGCCACCAAUGGCGCCCAUACUAUUUCCUAUUGAGUGAGUGAAAAUUACCUUUUGACAUUUUGUCCUUUUUCUCAAGAAAUUUCUAUACAAGCAUAUCCAAUUUUUAUUUUUGGAUAAUCGCUGGGUUUUUUCUGAUAUGUGGCCGAGAUUUCUUACUAAUCGAAGGCAGGAAGUAAUAAAAAACGGCGGCUUUUGUUGCACACCUUGACCGACGUUUGAGCGAUGAUUCUUGUUAUUUCGUUUAUUUAACCGAUCUUUGGAAGAAUAUUUGUCCAUUAAGUGUGUGAGUCCUUUGGUGUCCGCCAUUAUUACUGUUUAUAUUUGUAUAUUUGUACAAAAAUCAUCGCUCAAACGUCGGUCAAGGUGUGCAACAAAAGCCGCCGUUUUUUAUUACUUCCUGUCCUUCGAUUAGUAAGAAAUCUCAGCCAUAUAUCAGAAAAAAACCAGCGAUGAUCCAAAAAUAAAAAUUGGAUAUGCUUGUAUAGAAAUUUUUUGAGAAAAAGAACAAAAUGUCAAAAGGUAAUUUUCACUCACUCAAUAGGAAAUAAUAUGGGUGCCAUUGGUGGCCGCGCGCUCGCCCCAAUGUUUUUGCACCCCCUGCAAUAUGGCGGCAGAAACCUUGGAAAGGCCUGUUGUCCAAUAUGAUGUAGAGUGAUCAGAAAUUGGCAACCAUGGAGGAAUAUGUGUGGCGUUAUGUUAUUCAUUAUAUCCCGAACGCGAUAUUAAAACCGAUUGCAAACACAUCGCUCCAGGACUUUGCUAAUACUGGUUAGCAGUGGUAUUUGGAAGCAUACGGAUUGAUAGGGAACUACAUACCUGUAGCAAGUUCUUUCUAAUGUACUGGUGUUACAUUCGCGGAUUUCCAUUCAGAAGGUACGGUUCCGAAAUGAAGAGAGUGAUUGAAAAGUGAGCAAAAGCUUCGAGUAAUGACAGAUCUACAUUCCUUUAAUAUCCGACAAGGAAUACUAUCAAGGCCAGUAGCUUUAGAUGGUCCAAGUUUAAUGGAUAGUGGACAAUUUAUUUUUCUGAAAUGGUAAUAUUGGACAUUUUGGCACAGGUCAGCAGCAAAGAGGUGGGGGCUUCAGGGUGUAUAUGCAAGUCGGAAAACGGAACAGAAAUAGGUAUUGAAAAGUUCAGCUUUUUCUUUUGAAGACUUCGCUUUUCGGUUAUUACAGGAUUUAACGCUGAGUGGUCGUGAGGCAUUGCUUUAUGGUACUUCUAAAAUAUCUUGGGGUUUUCUUUAAACGAUGCUUCGAUCUUUGCAAGAUACAUUUUAUGGUUAGUUUUGAUUGUGCUCUUGAUCUGCUGACACAAAACACGUGAGUUUACGUUGUUCCACUGUUACGCUCUUUCUCUAGUUCUUGUUGGCGAACUUCUCCAUCGAUCCAAGGAGUAGGUUGUUUGAGGUGCCGAAGGGUUCCGCGAAGUGCAGGAAAGUCAGCUGAUAGGCUUUAGACUAUACGUCGUACAGUUUUUGCUUUUCGAAACGUCGUGCAUAUACUGAACUCAAUAAUAUCAUGCUCGGUUGGGAAGUUGUGUUGAUCAGAGAGAAAAGUCAAGGUUAUUACCUGCACGUUGCAGAAAAUUAUCGCCUUUUAGUUCGCAAAGUAUACACGAACAAAUUCCCUUGUCUAAACGCUGGCAUGACCGACUUUUGAACAAUACUCGUUGUCAAGGAAACCUUGCUUGUCUGUACGGCGUUUAACUCUUGAAGUAAAAUUAUUUUGGGGUUGUUGUCAAUAGAGGCGAAUUUUUAGGUUGCUGUCAGUUUUACUGGUUUUAGCAGGACCAAAUUCUAGUAGUAUCAAAGCAAAUGUCAUGUCUGCAAAGUAAUGAAACCGGCAAUGCCAUUCAAUGGCGUUCUCUUUGUAUGUUUAAAUACCAUGUCUAUACCCAAAAACGUUGCUCUUUUCGGAGCGGUACAGUCCUCGUUUUCGUAGAUGAAAUAAUUUGAAGCAAAUUAUGCGUGGGUAACCUAUCCACGGGAUCGUGAGUUUUUGAACCUUUCUAAAAUUAUUCAUUGGUUAGCAUAACCCAGAUUAAACUUUAGUAUUUAUAAGUUUUAAUUAAUUGUGAGGUCUGUAUGUCCGUAGUUUUUCUAUAUUUCUGAUUCUGUAUUCUAGGAAAUUAAUAUUGAAACAGUGACAAAAGAAGAUUUGGAAUUCGAUGUACCGUAUCAGUUAUUCUGUCAAAGAGAUGAUUAUAUUCAAGCACUGGUGUCUUACUUUACCAUCGAGUUUUCUCAUUGUCACAAGAGAACAGGAUUUUCAACAGGUAAAAACGGAUAUUUUAAGGCAUUUAUGGAGGGAGUAGGUGGAAGAUUGAACCUGCCUGUUGACUUUAACACGUUACUACACUGCCGAAGUUAAAUUUUUUUACCGACUGGACUUUUUCAUCUAUAUUACCUUUUGAGUCCUCCCCCAGAAAGACGCAAGCCUUUUUAAAUACGGCAUUUAGGUUACGACAUAUUUUGGCAUAAUUAUUGGAACUAUUUUGAAAUUCUCUAGUAUCAAAAAGCGAUUCCCUGUAUAUAUCGACGCUACGUCCCUUGUUUGUUUGGAUUUUGUGCGUUUGUGCAGUACCAUGCACUGAUCGCGCGGUAACGUUUAAUAAACGGUUAACUAGUUGUGAUGAUGGUGGUGAUACGAACAAUGUUUUCGAACCUUGAAAAGGCUUUAAGGCGAUUGUUUGUUGUAUCACUAUCGUUAUGUUUAAAAUAUAUGCACCUUCGCAACUUACAAGCCCAUAGUAAACAGCGCGAAGCAUUUUAUGUCUCUUAGUGCUUUUCUUUGCUUGUUGGGUUCUGAAAGAAAAUCGUCAACUAGCCAGAAACUAAUAUCCACUUUCACUUUUCUUCCUAGGACCAGAUGCGAGAUACACUCAUUGGAAACAAACCGUGUUUUAUCUCAAUGAUUAUCUAACUGUCAAACAUGGCGAACAAAUCAAUGGAACAUUCGCUUUAAAGCAAAACUCCAGAAAUAAUGUGAGUGUAUUGUAGAAUUAUAUAAUACCCUUACCCAGUGGUCGAUUACCGUCGAUAUUAUAUACUUAUACAGAUAUUUCACAGCACACUCCCUAUAUCAGGGCUUUUCAGUGACUGGUUACAUUUCCCUAUAUCAGGGCUUUUCAGUGACUGGUUACAUUAUGAAUAGAUAGAUAGAACCGGACUGACGUGAAGCAGACCGAGGUAGACUUUGAGCUUACAAAUGGCGCUUGAGCAGCUGCCGCUGUUAGUCCAUACCUCAUUAAUGAUCUGCCUCCAGACCUAUGUGCCUAACCCACUCUAUCAACUUUCCCUGUGGGAGGAAACACGGGGUGCCCGGAGAAAACCCACGACUUUCGGCAGAGCGUUGACUUUUACUCUUUUCACAUGAGGACUGGGUUCGAGUCACAUUGAAACUUGUGAAAGAUGUGAAACUAUUUAGAACAUUUUAUUAUACCAACUGAUUUGUAUUAUUCAGGGUGCGAUAAUUGGCGUACCAACGUACCGGAGGUACGCCAAUUUUAUGGUCUGAUACUUCUUUGUUUUUAGGCAAGUCCACGUAGGUACGCGGAAAUUUGCUAUUCGCGUAUACUUACAUUUUCCUUCUAGUAAUAACUAGCAAACCUGCCAAAGUAUUCAAAACCGUGAAGAACUUUACCUGUACAUGUACAUGUAAAUUCCACGCAUCUGACAUAUUUUGGGAUGAAAAAAGCAAAAAGUUAUCUUUGCCCUUGACCAAAAAAUUUAUCGUCGUCGUCCGACUGAAAAAAAAAUCGCUCCGGUGAGCGAUUUUAAAAUCAUCGUCAAACGCCGAUAAUUUUAUCGUUUUCGUUGUAGUGUGGACACCAAUCAUCGCGUGUUUACAAGUUAUCGUAUCGUUAUCGUUGGGCGUAAAAUAAAAUACCUGUGGUUCCGGUUCCCGACCGACCCUAUUUUUUCUGCCGACCCUAUUAUUUUUUCAACGCGAUUGACCGUGCGACCCUAUUUUCGCCAGGUGGUUGCGGGCUGCUCAUACAGCGUGCCAAAAUGGCAUCUGUUGUCCCACUAAUUAUUGAACCAAAUCGCCUAAAUUCGUCCAUUGGAAAUACGCAUCUCUAGUUUAAUAUUGAUGUCGGGACUCUACUGCAAAUCGCCCAGCAAAAUACCGCCAAAACGAUGAAAAAAAUAUUUAAAAAAAAAAUUAUAUUUUUUUCACGAUAUGAAGAACCACAGGUAUUUUUUUACCCCUUGUGUGGGGUGACCUGGGCUUAAUUGUCGAUGCUAUACCAAGGCCUAAAAAACUACCUGUGGUUCGACCCUAUUUUUUUCUACUCACGCUAUUAUUUUUUUCAACAGGAUUGACCGUGCGACCCUAUUCUCUCCAGAUGGUUGCGUGCUGCUCGCACAGCGUGCCAAAAUGGCGUCUGUUGUCACAAUAAUAUUGAUGUCGGGACUCUACUGAAUAUCGCCUAGCAAAAAAAACGUCAAAAUAAUGGGGAAAAUGUUCAAAAAAAAUUUUUAUUUCCGACCUAUGAAACCGGAACCACAGGUUUUUUUAGGCCCAAUGAGGAAAACUACACUGUAUAUAGCUGUGGUCAGACUGUUUGUACCCUCGGUAAAUCCACUGUAAGUGAGCGAUGGCAUUCGAGUCACAACGUCGACGCUUUGAAAACUAUUAUAUUAUGUUGUACAGAUACCAUAAUAAAAGACUCAUUUGUACAAAAUUGCCCAUACAUUUUUUGCUUUUGGACCAGUAAACUAUACGUAGGUGUAAAAACGCAUGACUCGGAAGUAGUCUCAGGUACGUCUUGACUCUUAAGUUUGUACCAGAUCAGGUACGCGGCAAAAGUUGUCGGAGUACCAACCAGUCAGGUACGGCUAAAAAUAUUGAAUUAUCGCACCCUGAUUAUACCAACUGAUUUGCGAGGAAUUUAUCAAACUAAUUAAUGUGUUUAAUUUCUAUUAGUCUCCCGUGGAAAUAUUGUGCACUGAGACAAAACGGAACAUUAGUCCAUUCAGACACGUUAGAAUUCCCAACGACGUUGAAGCAUCUCCGAUUUUCAAUUUUUCGACAAUACUAUUUCAAUCCAACCCACUGACUUUCUCAAUAAUUUUCUAAAGCCUUUCAGUGAUUGAUAGAACUUUUAUAGUAAGAAUUACCACCAAAAACAGAAGAGAGAUUUUUAUUGUGUACAUGCAAAACUAUAACUGAAACUACAUUGCUGAAUAUACAUUGCUGCAAUAAAUUUGCACCCAAUAUUUCACAAUGAAGCACAACUGUAUUUUUAUGCAAGGAUUUGUAUUUUGUACAGUUUAAAAAAUAAUAUAUAGAGAAAGUUUUAUUUCUUUUUUCCAGCGUGAUCUUGACUUCAACAUUGCAGUGAAAUUUGAAGGAGAGUUGAGCGAAGUUGAAGAAGAAACGAAGUAUAAAAUGAGAUAAACUUUUUAAAUCUGUCAAUACUCUGUUCAAAUGAGAAGAUGAACGUCAACGAAGAUAUACGGGAUGAUACAUGGUUAUGGUGACAUAAAGAGGACUAAAGCAAUGUUGUUCAAGCCCUUGGCAUGCAGUAAGAAACAUUGUUGUGAAAACAUUUGCUCCCCAAACAUUUUUUACCAAAUCUGAUAUUUAAAGUGCCUAUAUCACUUAUUGGACUUUUAUAGAUUUGAAAAGAGUUUAAAAAGUUCGUCAAUAAGUUCUAAAGCUUUUUUUGUUUAGUGGUUUAAACAACGGACUGUUCCUGAGUUGGAGCCUCCUGGGGUCUAAACACGGCUAUUGAAUUUGAAUUUGGCCUUUUUCGGAAAAAAACUGUCCAUUGUGCAUAGGAGCCUGGGACUCAGGAAAUGUAGAUAGUUUAGAGGCCUGUAUCUUCGAAAUUAUUGCACUAAAUCAAAGAAAUCUUUUGAACUUAUUAACUAACUUUUUACGCUCUUUUCAAAUCAUAAAGGUCCACAAGUGAUAUAGGCACUUUAGUUGUUGCAGAAAGUGUUUCAGAAUAGCCUGCGUGUUGUCUCGCGAGGUCUUUGCAAACGAUGCAAGAGACAUCGCUUCCGACAAUGUCAUAGGACUGCACACAGGCUUGUUUCCUAUUUGUCAUGCACCUUCGGGAAACAUGACAAGGAACAGUGUUUUCACAUUAGUGUUUCCUUCUGUGUCCAAGGCAUUCAGCUGGUACUUUCAAGGUGAAAAAACUCCAGUAUUUUUGGUACUUGAAACAUCUUCGUUUUCGUACCUGCUCUAUUCUCAAGGUUAUUCUAUAGUAAUAAACCUUUACAUUUUACGUACAUUGUUCUGGAUAGAGAUAGAUUGCUAUUCUUAAGAUGAAUCUGUAGUAAAAAUAUAAAUUACUGCAUUUCAAAAAUCAUCACUUCUGUUAAGGGGUGUACAGUUAAUUUCAUAGUAAAGUUUCAAACCAUC